AUGACUUUCAUACCAGUUUAUAGGCUUAGCUACGGAGAAAAAAAAAUACACCAAUACCAGCUUGCAAGAACCGAGAAAAUUUAUAACCAGCGUCCACCCCCACGGCCCACCUUCCCCCUUAACCCCGUUGACAAGGAUACUCUCACCGCGCCUCGUAAUGAUAGUCCAUCCAACCCUUCUAUAUUUCCUUCCGCACCCGAUUUACCCUCGCUUGCUCCCGUCCCUAAACAGUGUAUAUACUUGCCUGUAGAAGAUUCUUCACACGACCUCCAAAGGCCAUGUUCUAGGAUGAGGACCAAUGUGAGAAAUCGUCCACAAUGCGCUUGCCAAACGUGUAUCAAUCUUAUCACCAACUCGGGGGGCUCGACAUACUCUCUAAAGCCCAAGGCCCAUGAGAAGAGGAGGGGGUGCGUCCGAGCAAGAUCGAGACCGACGUGA